AUUACGCACGCGGAGGUUGCGCCUAGGAUCUCUCUGACCCUCGCGCGCACGAACCUGGACCAUAGACUGCGUGGCGCUGCGCUCGAGCUUGACGGUAGACGCGAAGAGUAGAAAGAAAGACACAAGUUGGUUUGUCUCGGAGACUGAGAGUUAAGAAAGUCGUAAAGUAAAGAUGAGUUUGGAAGAAGGAGGGAAGGCAGCGGCGAACGGUGAUGCCCUGGGUAACGGCGAGACGAAACACGGCGCCAAGAGCGCGGAGUCCUUAGCGGACAGGCUGAAGAGGAUCGCCAAGGCCAACCUGCUGGUGAUCCUCACCGUGGCCGGCGUGAUCGUGGGCGUCCUGAUCGGGCUCGGCGUGCGCAGCGCCGGACUUAGCAGGACUCAGGUCAUCUACUUCGGUUUCCCUGGGGAGAUCCUAAUCCGCCUCCUCAAGAUGAUCAUCAUCCCGCUGGUGGUGUGCAGCUUGGUGUCCGGGGCCGCCAGUCUCGACCCCCGGGCGCUGGGCAAGCUGGGCGGCUGGGCCAUGCUCUUCUUCCUGGUGACCACUCUGCUGGCCUCGGCCAUUGGGGUGGUCAUGGCCUUCAUCAUCCAGCCGGGCUCGGUCACCGUGUCCACGGCCGGGCUUUCGGGGAUGGAGGGUGGGGUGCCUCAGUCCAAGGAGGUGGUGGAUUCCUUCCUGGACCUCAUACGGAACAUUUUCCCCUCCAACCUGGUGGCGGCAGCAUUUCAAUCGUAUGCUACCAGCUACAAAAUUGUAAAAACUGAGAAGAACAUCACAGACAAAUUUGGCAUCACCUUGAACUACACCGUGGAAAAGGUGCCUUUUGGCAUGGAUGUGGAUGGCAUGAACAUCCUGGGACUGGUGGUGUUUGCCAUCGUGUUUGGUGUGGCGCUGCGCAAGCUGGGCGAAGAGGGCGAGAUCCUCAUAAAGUUCUUCAACUCUUUCAACGAGGCUACCAUGGUUCUGGUGUCCUGGAUCAUGUGGUACGCUCCCUUUGGUAUCAUGUUCUUGGUUGCAGCAAAGAUAGUGGAGAUGGAAGAUGUGGGCAAGCUGUUUGCGAGCCUUGGCAAAUACAUUGCCUGCUGCAUUAUUGGCCACGUGCUGCACGGCCUGCUUGUCUUGCCGCUCAUCUACUUUGCCAUCACACGCAAAAACCCCUACACUUUCUUGUGGGGGCUUGUUACUGCCCUGGCCACUGCCUUUGGGACCUCCUCCAGUUCUGCCACACUACCACUGAUGAUGAAGUGUGUGGAGGAGAAGAAUGGAGUGUCAAAGCACAUAAGUCGAUUCAUCCUCCCGAUCGGGGCCACUGUCAACAUGGAUGGAGCUGCACUCUUCCAGUGCGUGGCUGCGGUCUUCAUCGCCCAGCUGAACGGUUACUCGCUCAACUUCAUCCAGGUCAUCACAAUCUUAGUGACAGCCACAGCUUCCAGUGUUGGAGCAGCUGGGAUCCCUGCAGGAGGCGUACUGACCUUGGCCAUCAUCCUGGAAGCUAUAGGCCUACCAACCAAUGACAUCUCCCUCAUUCUUGCUGUGGACUGGCUAGUUGAUCGCACGUGCACAGUUAUCAAUGUGGAGGGCGACGCCUUUGGUGCAGGGCUACUCCAGCACUUUGUGGACCGCACAGCCCAUUCAGACAAGGGGGUAGAACCCAGUGAGAGCAGGCUGGAUGAGGUUGUCGCCACCAAGGCGGAGGGCUCGCCCCUAAUUGCCAAAAGCAAGAAGGAGUUGGAGUUGGAGGAGGACGAGUUGACACGGUCUGCUGCUGUGCAGGAGUCUAUGAUGUAGGAGGGGAGUGUGGGCUGUUCCCUGUUGGAAAGACAGUAACUACCCCUUGCUUUUCUUGACCAAAUUCACAUAGGAUACUGAUACAGGAAGAGGAGGGCAUCUUUGCUGAUUGGAGAACAGAUGCACAAUGUUUUUUUAAUAUAUUUUUAUUUUUAAAUUGUCAAUAUUUAUUAGAAGCCAGUGAGGUGAUCUGAAAUCUGGACCUGACCCCUCUUAUGUUGAUUUUCCUUUGUAUUUCAUUUUGGGAGCUCCUCUCUGUCCUGUCUUAAUCAUCAGUUUUCUCAUGCUUUUUCCCUAAUUUAUAGGUUAUAUAUAAUAUAUUUUUUUUUUUUCUUAAAUAAGCACCAAAAAAUUAUAUGGGUAGACACUUAUGUGGGGACCACUGUAUUUGAGCUGUACAGCAUUUCAGUGGGUCAUCUUGUGCUGUGGGCUCAUUUCAGCCUUUGUGCAUUUUCAUAUGCAGGCAAACCUAUGAAGGUCCCCGAACAUAUGAUUCUACAUGGGAUAUUGGUAGCAUACUAGUGUUACCGGGGGCCUCAGGUAUGAGGCUUUUUUUUUUUUUUUUUUUUUUUUCCCCCCCCUCCUUUCUUUUGAAUAAAUCUAUUCAGUGAAAAGGCACCCUACACAUUUAUUGCCAACCAUUUAAGUUUCAGGUACAUUGUUGCUUUUUCAACACAAGAUGAUGUCGCCAUGAAUUUUGUGAUGACUGAAAAGGGAAUGUUGGGUCCGUUUUUGAUGAGAAUGAAUUUAAGUGUGGUGUCGAGACUGCAGUGGUGCAGGGUAAUAUUUCACGCUUAUGUACUUAUUGUGAUAUUUCCUCUGCAUGUCCUGUUGUCAUAGUCCGAAACACAGUGGUGGUGUUCGAUGACUACCGCUCUAUCUGAAAUUAACCACUCCGUUUUUUGGGGAAGUAAAGCAGUACUGUACACAUGGUUAUUUAAAACAUAAAUGCUGAAGAUCUUGGGUUCAUUAAUUCAUGGAACUCAUCCUGGUUCUGACAUUUGAAAGAUUACCUUUUUAAAUUACUUUUAAAAUGAAGGUGUGGUUUUAAAUUACUUUAAUUGCUGUUGCUGAGGACCUUUUAUAUUUCGUUAAAGGCAGUGUAUGUUGUUUGUUCUGCCUUUUUUUUUUUUUUUUUUUUUUCUUUUUUUGGGUGACCCUUAAUUGUUUGUGCACAAAUUCAGUGUAUCCAAAACUGUGUGAGAAGUCAUUGCCAUCUGGCAAUGAGGUGUUUUCCUUCCUGAAAUGAAAAGAGCUUGUUGGUGAACAGGAAAACACUUCUGCACCCUGGAACUCGAAGUGACACAUUUACAGUUACUCAGUCAGCGGACACUUGUUGCUAAAGCGACAUACAAUCAGCUGCCCCUACUUCUACACAGUGUAGAAAACUGUGGCCCUCAAGUUUGUCUGAUCUUUUCACGCUGUAAUGUCUGCUUUGUUGUUCAGAUGCUUCUGUAAAUGUCUUGAAUCAACUUAUCAUGGGUGCUAUCAAUCAAGCUUAAUUAUUCCAAGAAUCACUCCCUAUCUGAGCAGUCAUCCUGAACCUUGGGCCUCUGUUACUAGUUUGUACUGCAGGAAGUGCUGGAUUUGUGCUGCUCUUUACCUGUAUGCUAGAACCUACUUUUGUAGGUUUUACUUGAAGGACGGUUACCUGUUACCAUGUGUGUCUUGUCUGCAUGGCCACCUCCAUCCAAGUGUUUUUUUUUUUUUUAAAAGUCAUUUUAUGAUAUUCCCCCUGUGGUACUAUUUUUUCUAUAUAUGUCAGUGUUCCAAAGCUUGUUUAAAAAAGAAACACAAUUCCAUGGGUUUGUUAGUGUGUGAAAUGCCUGGGAGGAGGGGCCUGUUUCUGUAUGUCAUUGUGUCACAUGUGAAGAUGUCCAAAGAGAUCAAUCGCACACCAGGGAAUCGGCCUUGGGUGACCAAUUUCACUGGCUGUAAAAUAAAACUUUCAUUUUCUCAUUGUA